UAUUAAAAUGUAUACAUGAUAAAAAUUUCUUUUAUGAAGCAAAAUAUGUUUUUUGCUCACGAACGUGAGGUAUUUUGGAAAAAUGGUGAAGUGCAGAGUCAAGUCAUAGCGACUAAUAAUGGAUUCUUUUCUUAAGUUGUAUGCUUAUGUUAAUUCUCACAGUCUUUUUGUUUGGGUCUGUGACAGAUCUUACAAAAGAUCUUUUAGACCUAUGAUUCUUAACAAAAUUAAAGAAUUAAGUCGGAACCAAUUUCCCACAAUGUCUCAUCUAAGAAAGGAUCAGCCCAGCAGCCCAGCAGAUGACGCAGUGGACAGGAGUGGGCUCCCUGACCUUCAAGGAAGAUUUGAGCUAUCUGGGAAAAACAGACAGUAUCCACUGGAUGCAUUGGAACCCCAACCCAGCAUUGGGGAUAUUAAGGACAUUAAAAAAGCAGCCAAGUCUAUGCUAGACCCAGCACAUAAAUCUCAUUUCCACCCUGUGACCCCAAGUUUAGUAUUCUUGUGUUUCAUAUUUGAUUGGUUACACCAGGCAUUACUGAGUGUUGGUGUGAGCAAGAGGUCUAAUACUGUGGUUGGGAAUGAGAACGAGGAAAUGGGUACUCCUUAUGCUAGCGGAUUCAAAGAUAUGCCUAACUUUAUUGCCCUUGAGAAGUCAUCAGUUCUCCGCCACUGCUGUGACCUUUUGAUAGGCGUUGCCGCUGGAUCAAGUGAUAAGAUUUGCACCAGCAGUCUCCAAGUUCAGAGACGAUUCAAGGCAAUGAUGGCAUCUAUUGGAAGACUUUCACAUGGUGAGAGUGCUGAUCUGCUAAUCAGCUACAGUGCAGAAUCAGCCAUAGGUUGGAUCAGCUCAAGACCGUGGGUUGGAGAAUUAAUGUUCACAUUUCUAUUUGGAGACUUUGAAUCCCCUCUACACAAGCUACGCAAGUCAAGUUAGUUGCCAAGAAAGCACAGAUGACAACCUAUUAAUGCUGUGAGAAUGUUUCUAGAUCAGUGCAUGGUUGGCUCCAUUGCUCUACGGGCCAUUGUGUCUGAGAUCCCAGUCUUUGAGGAGAAAAAAAAACAAUGGUUA